AAAUCGCCGAAGGACACAAAAUCGGUUGAAUCAAGAUGAAUUGAUCACCAAUCUUGAAAAAAUUCCUCAUUCUCUCUUCGAAUUUCUGUUCUUACGGAUCCUAUACUCUCUUCUUGAAGCUUCGUCCUGAUUAAUCGAAGGCUCUGAAGUCGGAUGUGAAGAAAGGCUUGCGAAUUUUCAAUCGGUCGCUUAAGAAUAGCUGCUGGCUUUUUCUGCCUCUACUUAGUUUGAGAAGUUCACUUCGACCACGAUGGGCCUCUCUAGUCUCCCAGCUCCAUCCGAAGGAGUUCUCAACGUGCUUGUCGUAAACACGGCACUGUCCAUUUCCAUGUUAAAAUGCAUUGUCCGUUUGAUCCUUCAAAUUGUAGGAAUCCGUCUCUCAUCGCCAUCAUCCUUGGUACCAUCAUCAGAUUUCAUUGAAAAUCCAUCCGAGUUGGGAGAUUCAAGUUUUGGUUCCUCUUGGAGUUACACCGAGGCAUUUCGGAACCGAUAUCCAACUAUUCGGUUUGAUACAGUACACGGCUCCAAACGUCUUGAACAUGACUGCUCAGUCUGCUUAUCUCAAUUUGAACCUGAAUCAGAGAUAAAUCACUUAUCUUGUGGCCAUCUUUUUCACACGGAAUGCUUGGAGAAGUGGCUGGACUACUGGAACAGUACAUGUCCUCUUUGCAGAACUCCUCUAAUGUCCGAAGAAGAGAAAUUGUGCUUUUGGUGAGCAUUUUUGUGUGCUAGAAUCUAGUUAGGGAAAACUCAUGUACAGAAUACUCUUAAAGAUAAUCACGAUCACGUUUCGUAACUGCUUUGUGUAUGAAAAUUUGAAGUUUGAUGUUGUCUGAUUGGUCUCAGAGACCAAAGUUUUGUCACUGUACAUACAAGUUUAUGAAGUUAUAUGCUUCUGGCUUGUGCCUUUAGCUUUGAGUUAAUGCACUGUUUACUUUAUUUUCUCUGUA